AUGGACAGACUGGACAGAAUACACCUACUGGGGCCACACUCUGAGGAUGAGUCUACAUUGCUCUCAGGUGUUGAUGAAGAUUCCUGGAUCAUCCCCAGGGCAGCUGAGGAACUCUUCAGGCUCAUUUCAGAAAACCCUUCAAGAAGCCCAAAGGUUGGUGUUUUCAUAGUGGAAAUUUAUUUGAGAUGUUGUCCCUUGCAAGAUCAACCUGGGUGUUUCCUGAGACUCAUGUUGUCAUUUGCCAGGCCUGUAACCAGUACCAUGGAGUUUGUGGGGCUCAUCCAUAGAGGUAUGCAGCUCAGAGAGCAGCACUCCACUUCAGUGCCCAAGAACUCUCCCAGGUCACACUUGAUUAUCAAGGCAACUCUGACCACAGCCAUCUCCUUGGGCAGCAAGGAAGGUAUGCUGACACCUGUGCAAAGUCAGUUCCUGACCAUUACAGUAGACUCUGAAGACCAUGCUGAACAGCUCCUGGCCAGGUUGCAGCUCCUGGAUUUGGCCCACAGUGUGUGUACAUGUGGUGAUGGAGCGUGACUGAUGAUUCUGUGUGUAUCCCCUGGGCAGAAGCACAUGGCUGAGACUCUAUGA